ACCCAAUUAGUCCUGCAAAUCUCCCUUUCCAGAGCAAGACCUGCUUGGUAGUGUGUGGGUGUGUGGAGAGAUUCAAUCGCAAAACCGGUUGGUUGUUUUCCGAUCCGAGCUUCUUCCGUUUUCAAUUUGCUGCAAAUAUGUCAAUCCAAAAUCUUCUCAGAACCCUCAAAACUGUCAAAAGGACUCUCCCCCAAAAUCUCUCCCCAAAACCCUAUUAUGAAAUCCCUCACUCCAUCUCUAAAAACCUGAUUGCCCCCUCUUCUUCUUCUUCUUCUUUUUCUUCUUCUACGAUUCUCUCUAAUCUCAGCCCAACGAAGCUCCACCAAAUUCUAGCUAGCCCAGAUCACAAACCCUCACAAUGCUUGCAUUUCUUCAACUUUAUCAUAGAAAACCAAUCAUUGAUCUCAUUCAAACCCGAUCUUCAGGCGCAUUUGACUCUAAUUUGCAGGCUUUUAAUGGUAAGAAGGUUCUCAGAUGCAGAGAAUCUCUUGAAAUCUGUGUCAAUCGAUGAAUAUCCCAGGUACCCAUUUCCUUUUCUAGCUGCUACUAUUGAGAAUUGUUGUUGUUUUGAACCGAAAGUUGUGGCAAAGUUAUUCAAUUUGAUAAUUAAGGUUUAUUCCGAUAAUGCAAAAUUUGGCCAAGUUUUGGAGACUUUUGAUCACAUGAAGAAUAAUGGAAUUGGCAUUGAUGAAAGAACUUGUACUGUUCAUUUGUUCGCUCUUAAGAGAAAUGAUGAGAUGAGUUUAGGCCUUGAAUUUUUUUAUCGAAUGGUUGAAUCUGGUAUUGAGAUUUCUGUGUAUUCAUUGACAGUAGUUGUUGAUGGAUUGUGUAAGAGUGGAGAGAUCAAGAGGUGUAGAGAAUUGGUGGAGGAAAUGUUAAGUAAAGGGAUUAAACCCAAUAUUAUAACAUAUAACAUAAUGAUCGAUGCUUGUGCUAAGAGAUGGAAUUUUGAGGAGUUAGAUUCCAUAUUGGCAUUAAUGGAAAAGGAAGGAGAGGCAUUUAAUGUCAAUACAUAUAAAAUUUUGAUAGAUGGGUACUCAAGCUUUGGCAAAAUUGAAGAAGCUAAGAAAUUGGUAUUGGAUAUGCAUGAUAGAGACUUAAAAGCAGAUACCCACAUGUAUAACUUGAUUAUAAAUGGGUAUUGUAAACUAGGUCUUGUGGAUAGAGCGCUUUCUGUGUUUGAUAGGAUGACAACUAGAGAUGUUAACUUCAAUUUUGAUACUUUUUGGGCCUUAAUAAAUGGCAUUUGCAAGGCUGGAAAGAUGGAGAUUGCAAUGGUAUAUGUAAGCAAGAUGCAGAGCAAAGGAAUUGAGCUAGACAAGGCAUUAUUUAAUACAUUGGUUGAUGGAUAUUGCAAUGUGGGAAUGAUAGAUGAAGCUUUUGCAUUGCAGACUGAGAUGGAGAAGAAAGGUUUUGCAUGUGAUAUUUGCUUAUGUAGCAAAAUACUAGGUGGGCUAUUUAAGUCAAAACGAUUUGAGGAAGCACAAGAGUUGGUGAACAUGAUGGUUAAAAGAGGUGAGAGCCCUGAAAAGUUAACAACUUUGAUUAAAGCAGGUGGAAACCUGGUUUAAGAGAGCAAAGAUGCUGGUGAACAUAAUGAUUAAAAGAGAUGAAAACCUAUGAUGCAAAGAAGGGGAUUUUGUGGAGACAGUAAGAAAGAGCAAGCAAACUGAUAAUGCAAGUGUUUUCUUGGGUUCUCUUUUUCAAUCAUGUGUUCUCUCUAUUCUGAAAUUUUGAAUGUUUCAAUUAAUGGGUGCCAUGAAAAGGGAGCAUGAGCAAAGCUCGAAAAUAUACCAGCGAGAAUUCUUACAUGAGCAAGUGAAUUUAUCCUUGAUGCUUAUCAGGAAAAGAGAGUGUACACUAGAUUAUUUCAUGAAUCUCCAUGUACAAUAUUUUCAGCCCAAGAUGUUGAUUCAUUAACGGAAGUUAUUUUAAGUUUUGUCAAUGGAAAGAAGUUUGUAAUGUGCAAUAACAGUCAAAUAGUGUAAUAUUUGGCACAUUAUCUGAUUGGCUCAGCUUCAAGAAAUUGCGAAAUAUGAUCCGGAAAGGUGAUCAAAUUCGGUGUGCUGCUCAGCUUGAUAUCUUGAAAAUCCUGGAAAAUAAGGGCGAAAGGUUUUCAGUUGAGGACUAGAUGUCUAUGAGAAUAUCGCACGAGGCACUCCAUAUAAGCAGAGUAAAAUUCUGUUCGAGAAAGGCAAAGCUUCAGAUAAAAGUUAAGGUAGUUAAGGUAAAAAGAAGGGUAUGGGAAUUUUCUGUUGUAAUGGUGUAAUCCCAUAUGCAUGUUUCAAAUGGUACUCUCUAAAAACGGCCAUAUUAUGUGCCUGGAAAAUGACAUAAAAACUCAGUUGCACAA